AAAUCAAACUGCCACGCUCUGUGGCUCACCUCCCGCAUCAACUUGAACAUUCUAGUUAUCUCACCUUCUGUCGUUCGGUCUUGGACGACUAUGACAGAAUCCUGCAAGUCAAAUACUCAACUGACGAGCGCUCGUCUGGUGGCAGCGAACCGGUGGGGGGACGAAUGGCACACGUGGAAUGCCUAUAAUAAACAGAGCGACUGGGAGCGCAAACACAAUGGUUAUGUUUUCGAAUAUUUGGAACCACACAGUUUCGACUUGUCUGCUGUCGAACCACCGUCCAUUUAUCAAAAUUUACUUCUGUAUAAUCAACUUACUGCAGACUACUCAUGGACGGAUGUAACUUUCGCUGUGAACUGGGCUUUGAAGUUGAGAAAGUUUGAUCGUGCGCACGAGGCUCGACAGAGGAGCCUCCUUCUUCCCGAUUCCUCAUUUUGUGGGAAUAUACCGACCUUCGAUGAAAAUAUCAAGGAAUCUGCUCUAAUUCUCGGGUCAAUGAAGGUUCCUUUUGACGAUAUUUGGGACUACGAUAACGAGCCCUAUGUCGAACUCGACCUCAUCCCGGACUACAUGUCUCCUGUGUCUGCUCCGUCCACUAGAGUUAUCGCUUUUGACCUCUUUGGUACCAUCUUAGAUCGUGACGGUGCAAUAAAUGAUGCUAUGCGUCUGCUAUCGCCAACGCAUCCCGACAGACACCGACUGUCUGAAUUGUAUCUCGAAUGUGAACUUAUGAGACACAGAGACAAUUCUGAUGCACCCUAUACCGCCAUCGUGCGACAAGCUCUGGAGGAUGUCUGCAUUUUGGAAGCGCCGCUAAGCGAACUAGUACUCCGCGAAGCUGUACAGACUAUACUGCAACCUGGUUUAUAUGCCGAUGCAGACGCGGCUGUAGGGACGCUCCUGGAUCAGGGUUAUGCACUGAUCGGUCUUCCGAUCCCGGACGCAAAGUCGUUUUCACUUCCCCAACUUCCAUCUGGUCUCAAUGUUAACGAUGAACCCCUGCCUCUUUCGAAUCUCUUUAGCCAAAACCAUUCUAUGUUUUCGGGCUUCUUGGAGCGCUGUCGCUUAGCAUGCAGUACCGCCGAAAAAAACCAAGUUCUUGUAGUGACAUCCAGCUGUUACCAGGUGAUGGAACCGGCAAGCAUGGCGGGCUUCCCAACGGUUCUUGUUCGACGUCCUGGAGACCUGGGAUCGGGAGUCAACCUCAGGACAAGUCAGCCCACCCUGUUGAUAGACGGAUUGCAAGCUCUACCGGUAAAGCUGCAAAACACCUCGCUUGUCCAUUGUCCUUCACCGCCUCGGAUGCAACCUCAUAUUGGCUUUCUAACACCACCGGCGCGUGUCCGUGGCAUGUAUCAGAUGACGAAAUUACUUGGAGCUGGAAGCUCUGGAUAUGUAACGAGUGCUUUCCACGUUCUCACCGGCUCGGAAGUUGCACUCAAAUCAGGGACUGCAUCGGAGGACACACCAGACAUGCCUUGCGUAGUACUUUACGAAGCUCUGGUGUAUAGCCUCCUGCGUGGUCAUCCGGGUAUACCGUCGUUCAAAUGGAGUGGUCUGGAUCGAGGAUCGUAUGUCUUGGUUCUCGAACAACUAGGUGCGAAUCUCGAACAGCUUCGCAGACUGUCGAGGAGCGAGCUUCCUCGGAAGACCGUAAUCAUGCUCGGAGUCCAAAUGUUCAACAGAGUCGAAUUCGCCCAUUCGCGAGGAGUCAUCCUGCGAGACAUCAGGCCUGAAAAUUUCGCGAUGGGCGUCGGGGAAAAGUCUCACAUAGUCUAUCUAUUCGACUUUGGUUUGGCGAAGCUAUACAUCGACCCAUCCACAGGAGUACACAUACCAUACCGUGAAGGUCGCGAUGCAUUGGGGACCAUGCCGUAUUCGAGCUACAAUGUGCACUUCGGGCGAGAACAAGGACGGCGAGACGAUCUUGAAGCAUUGGGCAAUGUCCUACUAUCUUUCUUGCAUGGCUGUCUUCCCUGGCAAGAAAUCUAUGCACCAAACGAAGAGGCCUAUUUGCGUCGAAUGGGGGAGAUGAAAGCUGGGUCGGCAGCAUUUUGUGACCUGCUCGCGCGUUCUCCUCCCGAAUUCACGACGUACUUCGAUCACUGCCGUAGUCUGGAGUUCGAAGACAAGCCAAACUACGCGUUGUUGAGACAGUUGUUCAGCCAGAUGAUGGAGAAGGAAGGGUGGACAGGAGAUACGAGAUUUGACCCACUGGAUGGAAGUACCGACAUAGGUACACUGGUGCCCGAAGAGUAUAAGUUCGAUGUCCGAUUCACAAAAGGAGAUUUAACUACGCUACAGGUCAUGAUCCCUCGCUUUCUUUGGCGGAGGAAGAUAGUCUCGCGCGCAAAGGAGAAAGAAAGUCGUCCCUAAUUUCCAGCCUUGCGCAAGCGAACAUAAUACUGGACCUUGCAGAAGACUCAACACGAUUUCAAUCGAAUUUAUCCUCGUGCGUUGACUUGCAAUGGGUCCCGGUCA